AUGGGACCAUCACAUAGAGGGCAAGCUUCUCGGGAUACCUGGCAGCCCCCUCCUCCUUCGAUCUUCAAGCUUAACUUUGAUGCAGCUUUGUUUUCGGCUCUUAACGGUUCAGGUUUUGGUGCAGUCAUUCGAAAUGAAAAAGGUGAGGUUAUGGUAGCCAUGGCAGCAAAGGGACCUGAGGUAUCUUCUAGUGAGGAGGCUGAGUUUCUUGCAUGUCGGAAAGCUAUUGAAUUUGCCGUUGAUGCUGGCUUUUCUGAACUUGUCAUUGAAGGGGAUAAUUCUUCUGUCAUGAAAGCUGUUUCGGCUUUGCAGGAUGAUUUUUCUUUACUUGGGAAUGUUAUUGGGGAUAUUCAUCAUUUGGUUAGGAACUUGCAAUGGGUUAGGAUUGAUUGUACUAGGCGUGGGGGGAAUAGAGUUGCUCAUGAGUUAGCUCAAUUUGCUAGAAACAUUAGUCAAGAUUUGUUUGGGAUGGAAGAUGUUCCUCCAAUAGCUAGGGAAGCUUUGUAUCAAGAUGCUGAUUUUUCUAAUUAA